UGGCUUUUAUCGUUAGACCACUGGACUUUCCGGUUCGUUUAUAACUCUCCUACACAUUGUGGUAAAUCCAAACCAACAAGCUAAAAAUAUUUACUUGUUUAUGAAGUAAUCAUUCACACAAUUUGAAGCUUUCGUUAAGUUAUCACUUCAUAAAUCACAAUGUGCCGUUGUAUUUUUUUUAAUGCUUUAACUUUACGUUAAAAGUACAGAAUUAUCGUGUUCCGGACAAAAUAUCUUGUUUAUAUUCAAAAUGUGCAGCGAUGGCCUGUUUUUGAUAAAAAUUAUUGGUUUGUGUGUUUUAGUAAUUAAUUCUAAUUGCUCUCACCACACUGAUGCAAACCAUACCAGAAUAACGCCUCAGGGUCAUAACAAUAGAUGUGUUCUUCCAUCACACCCCAAAUUUGGUAGAUGGGUUAUUUAUGAAGCCACUUCUUAUUUAUUCCCUGGAGAGUUCGUACCAUCUCGAACAGUUUUAGAACUAAAGUGUCAGGAAAGUUAUAAACUUUCUGGAUUAGAUAUGGCCACUUGUAUUCGUGGAAAAUGGAAACCCCAAAUUGGAAAAUGUUUACGAACCUGUCCCACGAUCAGCAGCACUUCAGUAGUGACAGUGACGUGUAGUUUUGAUGGUAAAAUGUUAGAUUCUUGUGCUGAUCCAUUUGAUGGAACAGUUGCACGAUUUUAUUGUGCUUUUAAUUAUGAAGCUCAGGAGAGAGAUGCAGUGCGUCUGUGUUCAAAUGGUAACUGGAUUGGCAAUCUACCAGUAUGUGUCCCAACAUGUGGAAAACCAUCAGCUGAGAAUGAUCCCAGACUGAUUGUUGGUGGAACUAAAGCACAACGAGGAGAAUACCCUUGGCAGGUAGCUCUAUAUAAUAAAAUAAAUAAAGUUUUACUUUGUAGCGGAACUUUACUAAAUCAGAGAGUUAUCGUGACAGCGGCACAUUGUAUAACAGAUGUUGAAGGCAAACUACAACCAAAAGACCUUUUUGUGGUUGCUGUUGGCAACUAUUUUCGAGAAUAUAAUCACCCUGAUGAUUCCAAUACUACACAAUUUUCUCGUAUAUAUAAAAUGUACAUUCCGCGACAAUACAAGGCCGCUGCGCAACAUUACUUUGGCGAUGUUGGUAUUAUAGUCACAACAAAAAUUUUUAAUUUAUCUAACAGUGUUCUGCCAAUCUGUAUUAUGUGGGAAUCAAGGCGACAUCAAGCACUGACAGAUCCUGCAAGAACGAAGCAUGCUUAUAUCAGUGGUUGGGGUUAUACUGUAGAGUACAAAAAGCCUUCCGAUGUUCUUAAACGUUUAAAAGUUCCUCUUAUUACUGACGAAAAAUGUAGUCGGAGAUUAUCUGAAGACGAAGUUAAAUAUCUGACUGAUGAUAAGCUAUGUGCCGGAUUUUUAAAUUCUAGUACUUCCGUCUGCAAAGGCGAUAGUGGUGGAGGUUUGGUAGCUAAAUUCGGAAAACGUUAUUACAUCAUUGGAAUUGUAAGUAUCGCACCACAAAAAAACUCAGCAGAAGGUGGUUGUGAUACCCAAAAAUACACUCUGUAUACAAGAUUUUCCUACUACAUUGAGAAAUUCAUCCUAAAAAAAGAGGCGCGAUUUAGACCUCGUUUGGACUGCCCAGAUGGUUUUAAUUGUCACAACGAAAUCCCAGUGACUACACCACGGACAACGACACAAGUGGUUACCGAAUCGUCUAGAGGUCAUUGUACAUUACCGAAUCAUCCCAAAUUUGGAAAGUGGAGCGUUACAGGAGUAAAUGAUGCACUUCAGCCUGGAAUGUCCGUAGCGUCGGGAACUGUUGCGUUAAUAGAGUGCAACGCAGGUUAUAAACACGAUAGUUACAAUAUUAUAUUCUGCCACAAUGACCAGUGGUCAUCUGAUAUUGGUAGAUGCUUGAAAACUUGUAGCCCAAGAGUAAGUACGGCAACAAUGCAGGUUAAGUGCAGCUAUCAUGGAAAAGAAACUGAAAAUUGUACGGACGCUGUUGACGGCACUAUCGCCAAAUUUCGGUGUAUUCCAUUUUAUGAAGACCUGCAAUUAAUGAGAAGACCUGUUCAUAUUUGUAGCAAUGGUGUAUGGGACCAACCACUUCCGCAUUGUGUACCAGUGUGUGGACAAAGACCACCUCGACAUAUUAGUUUCAUUCCUGAGGAAACAGCCGAAGGAGCUAAUUAUCCUUGGCACAUUUCUAUACACAAUGUGCUAGACAAACAGCAGGUAAUUUGUAGUGGAUCACUUUUGAGUCAAAAAAUUGUUUUAACAGCUGCAACUUGCAUUACUUAUCAAGGAGGAAAUUUAAAAAAUAAAACAAAUUAUGUUAUUUCUGCUGGGAAAAUGUUUAACGAUUUUAACGACGCCCGAGACAGUCAGGCCCAAUUUUCUAAUAUAGACGAAAUCUUCCUACCACAAGAAUAUAAAGGGCAUAUUCAAAAUUAUGUCGGUGAUAUUGCCAUACUAAGUUUGAAAGAGGCUUUCGUGAUUUCGCGAAAUGUAUUACCUGUAUGUUUAGACGUUGCACAGAAUUAUAAACCUCCAGAGAAUGGGUAUGGUUUUGUAUCUAGUUGGGGUGUGAUAGAUCCUAAUUCUUCAACUGCCUUAGAAGAAUGGGAAACUGUUCUUGUUUCUCAGUCAGAGUGCAAUGAUGAGGUACCAGCUGGUUUCGAAAAUUACUUAACUUAUGAUAAAAUCUGUGCUCGUAGUGUAAUCAAUGGAACCGGCUGUAAACCAGACAGUGGUGCUGCUCUUGUAACAAAGUACGACGACAGGUACUAUAUUACUGGUCUUGCUAGUCUGUCUCCGGCAUCCCCUUCGUCAGUCGGACUGGAAACUCAUUGCAACCAAAUGGUGCUUUACACAAAUGUAUCUAAAUACAUAAACUCGUUUAUUUUAAAAAUAUUAGCUGCAUAUAAGAUAUGACUUUUAAUAGUUAAAUAAAAGGAUCAACAUACUUCCCGACAUACACAAAUGUAACUGUUGUUAAUGUUAGUUUACGUAUGGGAAAAAAUAUACUUUUUGGAAGAGUUUUCAUAGCAAUUUUGUGU